AUGCUAAAAAGUAUCCAAAAAGCAAUUUUGGGAGAUGAUGUAUUCCGAGAUGAUCCUACAGUAUAAAAAUUACAAAAUUUUGCAGCUAAUUUAUUUUAUAAAGAGGCUGCAUUAUUAGUUCCUUCAGGUUGUAUGGGAAAUUCUUGUGCACUAAUGUGUCAUACAUAAAGAGGUUAGGAGUUAAUAUGUUCAGACGAAUGUCAUAUUAUAUAAUAAGAAAGAUCUUUUGUAUCAUAAAUUGCAUAGUUAUAAUCCAGAACUAUAAGUACUGAACAUACAAAAGGGUUAUUAACACCAGAAAGUAUCGAAAAAGUUAUUCGAAAACUAGAUUUUAUAACCGAGCCUUCUACAGGACUCAUAACACUUGAACAACCUACUUUUACUGGACUUGUCUAUCCUUUAGAGACACUUAAAUAAAUAUAUGCAGUUGCUUAAAAAUAUAAAAUUCCUCUCCAUAUUGAUGGAGCAAGAGUAUUUCACGCAGCCGCUGCUUUGAAUUGUGAAGUAAAGGAUAUUACAUAAUAUUGUGAUAGUAUUCAAUUUUGCUUAAGUAAGGGAUUAUGUGCCCCUAUUGGUUCAAUGAUAGUUGGAAAAAAAGAUUUCAUUGAAAAAAGUAUUUUAGUAAGAAAGUUAUUAGGAGGAGGAAUGAGACAGGCUGGUAUUUUGGCAGCUCCUGGUCUUAUAGGACUAAAAUAUAUGAGAAGAUUUAUGAAAUUAGAUAUUUAAAUUGCUUAAAAGUGGCUGAGGAGUUAGUAAAAAUAAACGGAAUAGGAGUCAUUAGAAAAGUUGAAAUUAACAUGGUUUAUUUCAAAGUUUGUAAAUAAGGAGUGGAUAAUACAUAAUUAGUAGGAUUUAUGGAAUAAAAUGGAAUAAAAAUGCUUGGGUAAAACGGAGAUGGGAUUUUUAGAGUUAUGA